UGAAGUCUCCGGGUGGAACUGUGGGGCGGGCCUUCCGGGAAAGGGGCGCGCGGCAGAGGCGGCUCGCGAGUAGGGACUCUUGCUCCUUGCUGCGCAAGAAAUGUCUUCACUUUCAGAAUAUGCCUUGCGCAUGAGUCGUCUGAGCGCCCGGCUGUUCGGUGAAGUUGCCAGGCCCACUGAUUCCAAAUCCAUGAAGGUGGUGAAGCUGUUCAGUGAGCAGCCUUUGGCCAAGAGGAAGGAGACUUAUGACUGGUAUCCUAAUCACAACACUUAUUUUGCACUCAUGGGGAUACUACGUUUUCUUGGACUCUACAGAGAUGAGCAUCAGGACUUUAAGGAUGAGCAACUGCGUCUGAAGAAGCUUCGUGGAAAGGGGAAACCAAGGAAAGGAGAAGGGAAAAGAGCAGCAAAAAGGAAGUAGUGUUGGUCCAUCAGGAGAGGACUUCUCCCUCAGCAACCGAGAGCAGGAGGAAGUGUAUUUAUUGUCCCUCCACAUAUUGGAGGAGUAUAAGCUUCCUAAGUUGAAGAUUAUUCAGAGGAAUACAGUCAUCUCCGUGCUGAAGUCUAAUGCAGUUGAAUUGUGACUGGUUUCUUGAACACAUUUUAAUUCUGCAACAUUGUUUACCUUGGUUCUGUAAUCUGAGGUUUACCUUAUUCCCCAAAGAAAUGAGUGCAUGAUUACUGUUGAAUGACUUGUUUGGGAGGGGAUGGGAUGUUGGUGGAGUGGAGGGGAAACUCAUUAAAUGAACACCCUCAUUACUCCCUUCUUGCUUCCCCACUUAGCCAGCCCUAAGCUCUUUCAUCUCUCUGGCUGUUCAGCCACUGUCUCCACCACCAAGCUCACAAACUUUAUGUGCCUCUCCACCUACUCCUUUGAGAAUAUCUGUUAAGAUAAAUUUGUGAGAUAAAA